GGGGCCACGGUGUGGUGGGGUAUAAAAGGAAGCAGGUUGAAGCAGGUCCAACGACAUCCAGCAUGAACAUGAGGGGCAAGAUCAUCUUCUACGAGGAGAGGAACUUCCAGGGCCGCUCUUAUGAGUGCAUGAGCGACUGCUCCGACAUGUCCUCCAGCCUAAGCCGAUGCCAGUCCUGCCGGGUGGAGAGCGGCUGCUUCAUGGUCUACGAGCGCCCCAACUUCACGGGCAACCAGUACUUCAUGAGGAGGGGCGAGUACUCCGACUCCAUGAGCAUGAUGGGCAUGAGGGACUGCAUCAGGUCCUGCCGCGUGGUCCCCAUGCAUAGAGGCCAGUUCAAGAUCAAGAUCUUCGAGCGGGAGAACUUUAGCGGCCAGUCCAACGAGCUGCAGGAGGACUGCGACAACAUCCAGGAGCGCUUCCGCAUGAGCGACUGCCUGUCCUGCCAGGUGUUGGAGGGCCACUGGCUGCUGUUCGAGCAGCCCCACUUCCGGGGCAAGAUGAUGUACGUCAAGCCCGGCGAGUACCGCAGCUUCCGGGACAUGGGCUUGACUGGCAUGAGGAUCAUGAGCAUGAGGCGUAUCAUGGACUCUUGUAACUAAAUGUUCAAUAAAGUACUUUU